AUGACUUCUAUCUCAAAUUUUGAAUCAUUACCAGAUGAACUUCUCUUAGAAGUUUGUAAGUAUCUUUUAUGUGUUGAUGUUUUAUUCAGUUUUGAUAAUCUCAAUACACGUAUGACAUGCAUGAUAAGUGAUUAUUAUCGUCAUGUAUCAUUACAUAAAGCAUCAUAUACACAAUCACAUGAGUUAUGUUCAAAAAUUCUUCCAAAUAUUGGUGCACAAAUAAAAACAUUAAUUAUUGAUAAUUGUUAUUCAGCAUUACAAGCAAUAGCAUUUCCAAAAUAUUUUCAAAAUUCUUUGUCAUUAUAUUUUCCUGAAUUACAAAAAAUAAUUCUUGUCUCAUUUCGUCCUGAUCCAUUAUUAGUAUUUCUUAAAAUAUUAAAUAAUCUUGAAAAAUUAUAUACAAUUGAUAUACGUAGUUUAUUUCGUGUACCAACAAAUCAACAAACAGAAGUUUUAUUAGCAUUAUUAAGAGCAAAUAAUAAUCGUUUAACAUCAGUUUAUAUUGAUGAUCAAUCAAGUCAUUUAAAUCCAAUUAAAAAACAUUUAUCAAAUCAAAUAACAUGUCCAAAUAUAAUAAAUUUAAAAAUUGAAAUAUCAACUAUAUGUGAUUUAUCUGUUUUAUUUACAAUUAUACCAAAUAUACAUAAUUUAUCCGUAUCAAUACAUAAAAAAGAUAAUUUAGAUAAUAUUAAUCGUAUAUUUACAUCUUAUACAUUAAAUUUUUUAAUUAAAUUUCAAUUAAAAUCUGUUGAACGUUCAUGGUGUUUAAAUGAAUUAGUUAUUUUAUUAGAAAUAUUACCAUCAAUUAAAUAUUUAUCAUUAAAUUUACGUACAUCAGAUAUAUCAUUAAUAAAUGGUGAAAUUUUAAAAAAAUGUUUACCUAAUACAAUCGAACAAUUUCAUUAUGCUAUACAUUAUCUACCUGAACAAAUAAUUAAUUAUGUUGAAAUAUUAAAUACAUGGAAAUAUAUAUGUCCAAUAACAUGUUUGUAUAAUCCUAUGCAAAAUGAUUAUAUGUAUUUACACACAUUACCAUAUUCAUCAUUUAAUUAUUUAGAAAUUUCAUCAUCAGUUGCUGUUUCAAUAUUAAAAAAUAAAAAUUCAUAUGAAAAUAUAGAACGUAUACAUGUUGAUUGUGAUUUAACAUUAGCUGAAGCAUUUCCAAUAAUUGGAUAUUGUCGAAGAGCUAGAUAUAGUUUGAUUUGGUUACAUGGAACAGAUACAAAUAAUCAAAAUAAUUCGAAUUCAAGUAAUUAA